AUGCCAGGUUCUGAAGUUUAUUGCGCAGAAGAGGCACAUGUAGAAAGGCUUGAAGGCACUGAGGUGCCCACAAGGAACGGUCCGUGUCCACCUGUUCAGGGGCGUUGCGAGGCUGGACGAAUUCGGGGGUCUACACAAGCGGAAGAUGAUCGUGUUAUUUUUGCUGAGGAGAUCAAAAAGGGCACAGAGAACGUUGUAGCUGCGGCGCUGAAUUGCACCUCUUUGGUGAAGUCCCGCCCUGUUUUUCAUAGAUUUAAGGCUGAAAGCGAAAGACGAGCUCUUCUUUCUUCCUUAGAGUUGCUGUUGCGUUUAUACUUUCUCGAUUGUGAAAACAAGGCUUUAUUGACCGCCAUACAUGGUCUUCGCAAUCAAUUAGCGGACCUGCGAAAUCAAGACGUCUUUGGCUGUGCACGUGGGAAGUACCCAGAGGUGUACAUUUUGUAUGAGUUUUUUUCACUGCGGAAACUUUUGCUAAAUUGGGGGAAAUUGGGAGCUGAUAACCAAAUAGCGGCUAUGGAAACAGCGCUGAAACUUGUAGUGCUUGUAAAGUCCUUGGCAUACAUGGCGUUGGAGGCACAUUUAAGGGCUGCCAAAGAGAAGCCACAGUUGGUAGAGAAAAGUGUGACGAAUAUAGUUGCUUGUUUGGAUCAGGCCUGUUGCGAUACACCGUACGGCUUUUUUUCUGUCUGUUGCAAUGUAAUACCGGCAGUACAUCCUCACUACAGAAGUCCAGUGGGAAAAUUAGCACCUGAGCUCGUCUUGAAAGAGGAGGGGGGCGAAACGGAUGACGAUAACAUCACUUCCCCAGAGGAUGAGUUUGUUGGCCGCGUGAUUGGGCUGGCUCAUCCUUUAUCCAAGAAGCGAAUGAUGGAUCGCCCGGAAUCACGGCAAGCACAGGGAGCUCGCCAGCGACACACCGACAAAGUCAAAAAAGAACACAACGUCUGCUGUUCCAAGUAUCACACACAGUAUUCUGCCCCUGAAAGGCACGCCAGCAAGGAGUGUCAGUUUUGCGUUGUAUGCCACAUGAUGGAAAUACUAUUUAACGGAUACACCAAAAAAUGUUGCUGGGGACAUGAUCCUAGUGAGAAUCGGAUAGCGUUCCACCUCAAGCGUUACCCUCGAGUUUAUGAAGCCGCGUUGCAGCGCCUUGCAAAAUGGCGGCAAGGUGUUUCAUUACCACCGUGUAAAAGUAUCUUUUAG